CUGUUUAGACUGAAAAUUAAUCAAAGAUGUUUCGAGAUUUAUAUAAAAAAUGUGGUAAGAAUCUACGUGAUCUGCAGGAGGAAAGACGAAGGAAAUUGCUAGAGGAGCAAAAACAGAAGCGUUUAAUAUUGCAAGAUUUGCAACGUGAUGUGGAUUAUAGUGAAAAUGGGAUCGAAGGAAAAUACCACCCGUGUGCCGGCAAAAGAGGCAAUUCAAGGGCAUUAAAAGAUGCAUAUGAUGCUGACUAUACUCUUCAGCUAUCUGAAUGGCUACGUGAGUGUCCCGAAAACUUAAGUGAGUGGAUUAUGGUACCGUGUCCGAAAGGACAACGUUGCUUUCUGAUGGCUACUGGUGGGUGUACUUAUAUGUAUUCUAAAAAAGGCCGUAGACGUUUGUCUUUUCACACACUAUUGCCCGGUGGUAACGAACUACGCGGCAGUAAAAUGCGCACCUUAAUAGACUGUGUUUAUUCGCCUGAUCAAGAUACGUUUUACGUAUUGGACGUCAUAAUUUAUGGCAAUCAAGAAUUUGUACAUUGUGAAUCACAAUUCCGAUUUUUUUGGUUGCGUUCAAAAUUUGAUGAGUGUGAAGGAAUAGACCAGCGUAAUCGAUGCAAUGAGAAGCCAUUAAAAUUGUUGGAACGGUACGAUUUUGAGAACAUAGCUGAUGUCGCAGAAGUACUGCUGCGCUUUCCAAUUUGGCCAGAAAAUGAACCUGCGCUUGACGGCUGGUUGUUCUAUCACAAGGAGUCUAGUUACACUUGUGGUUCUACGCCCUUAGUAGGUUGGCUAUUUCCUUUCAUGAUUCCCGAUGUACUAGGAAUUCCUGUUAACGAAAACUACCAAAGACCCGCCAAUUACACAGAACCGCUGGCAUACAUGGACGAAUUUGAUGCUGAAUUAGCUAGUAAAAGAAAAAAGCUCGGAAACAAAUAUUUUAACUCAACAGAUAUGGACACAUUGGAAUCAAUUGGGAAUUAUGAAGAUGAAGAAACAAACGCAGGAUUUGAGGCUGAACAAAAAUUAGAUGUUGAUGAGUUUGAUAAACAAUUUUCGACAUGCGAUGAUAAGCUGAUAGACUAG